AUGACGGACCCGGAGCAUGCGCCGGGACCGUUGACCAUGGAAAACGUGAAAAGGUUAGAGAGGGAGCAAGAGGCAGCGGCGUCAGAGGCGUGGGACGCCAACGUGAAUGCCAACGCGAACGCCAAUGUGUCAAGUGUGACUAUGGACACGGCUGACAUGCUUGGCGAAGGCCCGCGCCAUGGAGCUUUGCUUCAGGCUGAAGCUGAGGAUUGGGUGUUGCUUGAGUCUCCGUACAUGACGCAUUGGAAUAAUAAGCGACACAAUACGAAUGGGAUUCCGCGUGCACGACGAGCAUCAGAUAUGCCGGACUGGCGCAUGCGUGAGCGGUUGCGGACGGUGACGGCGGCGCUGGUGAUGUGCCUAAACAUUGGUGUGGAUCCGCCGGAUGUAAGCAAGACAAACCCAUGCUCAAAGCUCAUCUGCUGGAUGGAUCCCGAGUCUCUGGACGCGUCGAAAGCGCUCCCGGCGAUAGGACGCAACUUGCAGGUCCAGUUCGAGACGCUGAGUAUGAAGACGCGCUACAAGCAGUAUUUGGAUCCGAUUGUUGAAGAGACGAAGCGCUUUUGUACGAAUUUGCGGCGUACUGCGAAGGACGAGCGAGUGCUGUUUUACUAUAAUGGCUACGGGGUGCCGAAGCCGACGCCAGGCGGCGAGAUCUGGGUGUUUAACAAGGCGUACACGCAGUAUAUUCCUCUGACGCUGUACGACUUGCAGACAUGGCUCGGGCAGCCGUGCAUCUAUGUGUGGGAUACAAGCGCCGCGGGCCACAUUGUCGCGAACUUCCGGCGUCUUGCAGAAGCUCGUGCAGAAGAUGAAAUCAAGGCGGCGUUGGCCGAAGGACGUGAGCCGCCGCCGAUGCCUAGUCCAGAUGGUAUCACGAUUGAUGCGACAGGAGAGCCGCAGUUCCCACUGCGUGAUUCGAUCCAUCUCGCGGCAUGCGGCGCAGACGAAGUGCUGCCGAUGAAUCCGGAUCUCCCUGCGGACCUAUUUACUUGUUGCCUAACAUCGCCGAUUGAGAUCUCUCUUCGCUGGUUCGUGCUGCAGAAUCCGCUGCCGAGUCCACUGAAUGUCGACAUGGUGAUGAAUAUCCCAGGCCGGCUCCAGGACCGGCGCACGCCGUUGGGCGAGCUAAACUGGACACUCACUGCGGUCACUGACACCAUCGCUUGGACUGUGCUUCCACGAGCGCUCUUUCGUCGCUUCUUCCGCGACGAUCUCAUGGUCGCUGCGCUCCUGCGCAACUACUUGCUGGCAGAACGAAUCAUGCGGUUCUACCACUGCACGCCUGUGAGUCAUCCGCGACUGCCUCCGACGCACAAUCACCCGCUAUGGGACAGCUGGGACCUUGCUGUUGACCAGUGUCUUUCGCAGUUGCCGACUCUGCUGGCCAAGGAGCAAGCACGCGCGGAUGCCGAGAAUCUCGGCAUCCCUAUGCCGCCGCAUCUCGCCUCGUUCGAAUACCGGCACUCGACGUUCUUCAGCGAGCAGUUGAAAGCAUUUGAAGUGUGGCUUUCGCAGGGCGAUGUGAGCCGGCAUCCGCCGCGUCGACGAGUGCAGCGGCAUCCGGUCGUGCGGGUGAAUGGCAGCUCCAUGUCAGACGUGUCAACAUCGUUGUCGGCGACGUCGUCACUAGCAGCCAAAGCCGUAGCCUCAGCAGCGGCCUCGGCCACGGGAACGACCACAGUGGCUCCGUCGUCCGCGGUCCCGGACUUGGCGUCGUCGACCUCUGGGCUGGGAGUGGUAUCGAUGCAUCGACGUCAGAGCGCUGGCCCUGGCUCCAUGACGGGUGUAGCUUCCGGCACGGUUGAGGACUCAGACUCGGACACCGAUUCGGUCGCCGACGAUCCUGACGCGAAGGCGACCCUGAGCCGUGAACACGAUCCCCCAUCGCAACUACCCAUCGUUCUCCAGGUUCUUCUGUCGCAGGUGCAUCGCUUGCGAGCCCUGAUUCUUCUGAGCCAGUUCUUGGACCUGGGGCCCUGGGCUGUCAACCUGGCCCUGAGUAUUGGGAUUUUCCCGUAUGUGCUCAAGCUUCUGCAGAGUCCAGCUGCUGAUCUCAAGCCAGUACUGAUCUAUAUCUGGGCAAGGAUCCUGGCUGUCGAUCAUAGCUGUCAAGUCGACCUGCUCCGUGAUAAUGGCUACCUGUACUUUGCAGCGGUUUUAAGCCCGUUCCAGCCAGGGCAGAUGCCAGGCCACGGUGUAGCAGCGGUACCAACGACUGCCGUCCCCAGCACUGCCGCACCCGCGGUGGCGACCGAUGCCCAUCCCAUGGCACAUGCGCACGGUGGUGCGGCCGCUGGCUCUGUACCCAAUGUGGGUGGAGCAGGCGCAGGGCAGACGCUGCCGAUUCCGAAUGUAAGUGAGCACCGGGCAAUGUGCGCGUUUAUUCUCGCUGUCUUUUGCCAGGACUUUUCACUGGGUCAGGAUGCAUGUCUCGAAACUGACGUGAUGGACGCCUGCCUUGAGCAUUUGGAGGAUGACGAUUAUUUACUCCGCCAGUGGUCUGCACUGUGCCUGGCUCAGCUCUGGGACAACAAUGACGUGGGAAAGGCACGUGCGAUUGCCAAAGAUGCGCAUGGUAAGCUAUGCUGCCUGCUGAGCGAUGCGUCUCCUGAAGUUCGUGCGGCCAUUCUGUAUGCGCUGGGUGUGCUGCUCGGCACAAGUGGCGGUGCCUUGUGUGAUGCAUCGGAUGGGGCGACGUCGAGCGAUAGGCGGCGUGAGCGGGCGCGUGGCGCCGGCCGACCGCCGUGCAUAUGUACGGGGGCACUGACAGGUCUUACGCCCGCGCGGCAGCGGAACAUGGAAGUUGGCAUCGCGAUGGCCAUCCUUGCCUCAGGAAGCGACUGCAGUCCGUUGGUGCGCAAGGAGCUGGUCAUUGCUCUGAGUGCGCUCGUGCACCACUACCAUGGGUUCUUUGUGCUUGCAGCGUACCUAUGCUAUAUGCGCGAUACGGCUGUGUACGGUGAAGAAACACCGACGCAGCACGCAGCUGCUGCGCCGGCUGAUAUGAAUGCAGAUAUCGAGGAGCGCCUCACACAGGAAGAGCGGCUUCUUACCGGCAUUGUGAGGGGCAUCAUCCAGCAUGGUGAGUCCGUUGAGACGAGUGAUAUCGCGAAUGUGCCUGCAUUUGUCACUUUGUUUGUGGCUCUGCUGGACCUGAGUGUCGAUGCGCAUCCGGAAGUGGCUAAUCUGGCCAGCACUGUCGUUGACCAGAUCAUGGCGGCUCUCGUGGAGCAUGGCGCGUUAUAUGCGGACAAUUCGACCAUGCGUCAAAAGAGUCUUGAGCAACUAUCUCAGCCCCACAUCAUGCCGACGGCCGCAGAGCCCCUGUCUGCUGCUGCGAACCAUACUAGCUCGCUCGCAGGUGCCGCGGGGGCCUUGGGCGCUACUGCGACAAAGUCUCGUGGGUCUGUCUCCUCGCUCCCUAGUGGUAUGAAUACCCGGGCCAGUGCCAGUGCCAGUGCCAAUGCCAGUGCCACUGACAGUCGAGCGCGUCCAAAUGCCGCCUCGCAUGGUGUUGGGGUAGGAGCGGGUGUAGGAUCAGGAGCAGGCUAUGCCGCAGCUCCACCUGCAGCCGCCACGGUAGGACUGCCGGGCUAUCCAUCGGACCGUGGCUUUGUCGACCCAAGUGGUGACGAACCUGCAGGGCGCGGCUCGACGAUUGCGCGUACGAUCCGGGCAAUCUCAUCCAUUGCGGGGACACCCGCUCCCUCGCAUGCGCCGGCCAAAGUGGCGCCUGUCUUGACGAGUGUCGCGGCACCUACGCGAGCGGCAGCGGCCUCGGCUGAUGGUACACCCAUCGCGACGUACAAGGCGCCCUACGGCGGUGGCAGUCAGCAGCCUGUGUGCAUGACAAGCCAGGAUUCAUUUAGUGCGGGCAUGCCGACAGCACGUUCGCGACGCGAAGUCCACAUUGAAGAUGCGUUAGCCGAGUGCAUUGCCGCUGAUUUACACCGUCUCAGUGUGCGUGGUCGCGACGACACGCCGCCCACCACCUGGCUUGGCCGUGUGCAGGAGCAGCUGCCGCUCAAGAGUCGCCUGUUCGAGUGGUGCAGCGAGUACUACACAGAGCCGCAGAUGAAGUCUGCCGAGGCCGAUGAGCCAGGCAGCUCGCAGUACAACCGGCAGAUGUGGCGCAGGCAACGGUGUGAGCAGCACAUGGCCGAGGCGAUGGAGCAGGUCGGCGAUGCGGGCUCGGUGCGAUGGAGCGAACGCGUGGGCAUGCUCACUAUGCCAUCGGCUGUGCAGAUGCUGUGCUUCCACGAGUACGAUCCACAUGUCGUGAGUGUGACGGACCAGGACACACUAUGUGUGUGGGACUGGCAGGAACAGCGCCUCCUUUCGUCGUUCUGCAAUGGCCACCGGCCACACGGGCCUGUCACGUCGCUCGCGUUCAUCAACGAAGAAGUGGAUGCGUUGCUCCUGACCGGUGCUGCGGAUGGGCACGUCCACAUCUACCGGCAAUAUGCGCGUGGCUGCGGCUCCAAACACGGGCCCGAGCUUGUGAGUGCAUUCCGUGUGCUGCCGGAUCUCCUUCGCAGUCGCUACCCCAGUGGUGUGAGAGUCACAUGGCAGCAGGUCAGCGGCCGUCUGCUGGCAGGCGGUGACAGUCGUCUUGUGCGACUAUGGGACGCUCAUCGCGAGCUUUGUAUAUCGGAUGUGCCGACACACGUAAACUCGUGUGCCACGUCGCUGACGAGCGACACCGACAUAGGCCAUCUGUUCAUGGCCGGCUUUGGCGACGGCUCCAUCGGCGUAUACGACCAGCGCAAUCCACCCACAUCCAGCCUUGUGCAGCUGUGGGAAGAACACAAUGCGUGGGUGCAGACUGUGCAUCUGCAAAGGCAUGGCGCUCGCGAGCUUGUGUCAGCCAGUGUUGAUGGCCAGGUCCGCGUGUGGGACAUCCGAGCGAGAUCAUCUGUGCUCCAGUGCUCAGCUGCUUGGGACCACGCGUCUACGCUUUCUGACAUGGCCGUGCACGACCGCAUUCCCGUGCUCGCUGCCACGAGCUCGCCGCGUCCUGGCGGCUCGUCGCAUAUCCACACUACCCAGAUGUACAGCCUCGCUGACCUCUCGCCCUUGGGACGCCCGUAUCAGCGUCCUUUGCAGGCUCCCUCGCUACUCUCGAGUGGUCCUGCUCGGUCUCUGCGCGAUCGAUUCACUCCGCCAUCGCGCUACUCGCCCAGCACGAGCAUCGUCGCUUUCCAUCCACACCAUCCUGUCCUGGCGUUUGGUGGACCUGAUCAUCUAGUGGAGAUCUUCCGCUACGUAUAG